AUCAAGGGGCAGAAGUUCUUCUACAAGACCAAUGGCACCCAGUUCUUCAUGAAGGGCAUCGCCUACCAACAGGAUAUCAACUCCAAUACUACCCAAACAGAGAACGUCAAGUACACCGAUCCGCUUGCUGACGCGUCCACCUGUAAGCGCGACAUCGAGCAUUUGGUCAAGCUUCAGACCAACACAAUCCGCGUCUACGCCGUCGACCCCACAAAGAACCAUGAUGACUGCAUGAACGCCCUCGCUGAUGCCGGUAUCUAUGUCGUUGCCGAUCUGUCGCAGCCGGGAGAGUCCAUCAACCGCGACGAGCCCCAAUGGAACACGGACCUGUACAAGCGCUACACCAGCGUGGUGGAUUCCCUGGCCAAGUACGACAACGUCCUCGGUUUCUUCGCUGGUAACGAGGUCUCCAACCAACCCAACAACACCAUGGCGAGCGCUUUUGUGAAGGCUGCCGUGCGAGACACCAAGGCCUACAUCAAGUCCAAGGGCUACCGCGAGAUCGGUGUGGGUUAUGCUACCAACGACGACGCUGAGAUCCGCACGAACCUCGCCGCCUACUUUGACUGUGGCAAUGCCUCCGAUGCCAUUGACUUCUGGGGCUACAACAUCUAUUCGUGGUGCGGUGACUCUUCCUUCACCAAAUCCGGCUUCGAUGUGCGUACCAAGGAGUUUGAGCACUACAGAGUCCCCGUCUUCUUUGCUGAGUAUGGUUGCAACACUCCCCGUCCACGUCUCUUCACCGAGGUCGCUGCUCUCUACGGAAAACAAAUGACCGGUGUCUGGUCCGGCGGUAUUGUCUACAUGUACUUUGAGGAAGCCAAUGAAUUCGGCCUCGUCUCCAUUGAGAAUGGUGAGGUCAAGCCCAACGACGACUACAAGAACCUCCAGAAGCAGAUCUCCAAGGUCAAGCCUGAGGGUGUGAGCAUGAAUGAUUACAACCCUCCUGCCAAUGCUGCAUCCAAGUGCCCCAACGUCGGCAAGGACUGGGCCGCCGUUGCCGAUCCCCUUCCUCCUGCGGCCAACGCUCAGGCCUGUGACUGCAUGAUGAACACUCUCACGUGCGUCGUCAGCGACAAGCUCGACGAGGAAGACUACGGCGACCUCUUCGGCACCGUCUGCGGCUACUCCAACGGCAAGUACUGCGACGGCAUCAACAGGAACGUUACCGGCGGUGACCCCUAUGGCGCCUACAGCAUGUGCACCCCUAAGCAGCAGCUCUCCUUCGCCCUCAACGCCUAUGCCUCCAAGGUCGCCAACGGCUGUGACUUUCAGGGCAAGGCUCAGACCAAGCAGGCUUCCUCCCAGACUCCAACGGGAUGCAAGGAGCUCCUGGACCAGGCCGGUCCUCAGGGAACUGGCACUCUUACCGCCGCCCCUAACGCUGGCACUGCCCCAGCUGGCAACAAAAAGUCUGCUGCUACGGGUCUGUCUGUGCCGCAGUUCGGCAGUGGUCUGUUUGGUCUCGGGCUGUAUGUAGGCGCGGCGGUCUUGUCUGGUGCCGCAGUCGUCCUG